AAUAAUAAAGGUGGUACCUUUUGCUUUGGAGCUGUUCAACCAAAUUCUCCUUCUCUCUUUUCUUUUCUUUUUCUAAAUAUAUACUGCUGUAUUCGUUGAUAAUCAUGUAUAUAUAGACAUAGAGACAGGAGAUAUAGAUAUAGACAAGUUUAUAGAUAGAGAGAGGAUAACAGAAUGAGUGUUUCUCUCACUGUAAUGACCUUCAAUCUUCUUGAAGAUCAGCCGGAGGACAGUCCAAACUCGUGGCAGAGGAGGAGAGAUUUGUGUCUCAGCGUUAUCACCAGUUACUCCCCAAACAUCCUCUGUACCCAACAAGGUGUGAGUUCACAGUUGGAGUAUCUUCAGCAGGGCUUGCCAGGUUAUGAUCACUUUGGUAUUUCGAGAAAAGGAGCUGAAGACACUUCAGACCAAUAUUGCACCAUCUUUUAUGACAAGGAGAAGGUAGAGCUGCUAGAAGGUGGGACCUUUUGGUUGUCAGAGUCACCUUCAGUCCCUGGAAGCACAUCUUGGGGCUCUGAAGUUCCUUGUAUUGCAACGUGGGCGACAUUUCAACUAAAAGGAGUUGAGCCACCAGGUUUUUCAUUUGAGAUAGUAAAUACAAUCAUGGACGAGUUCAGUCCUCGAGCCCGUAGGAGAAGUGCUUUACUCACAUGGCAGCAUAUUGCGUCUUUGCCUCCUACCUUACCAGUUGUAUAUUGUGGAGGAUUUAACACACAAAAGGAAUCAACUACAGGACGUUUUCUUCUUGGGAGAUCUAGGGAGCAUGGAGUGGUAGGUGAUAUGAGGGAUGUAUGGCCCAACUCUCGGGUGAGGAAGAAUGUCUCUCUCAUUCGCACUUAUCAUGGCUUCAAAGGUGACAAGCAGGGAGCACUUGAAUUCCUGAAGUUGAUUUUCCGAGCUCUUUGCCUCUGCUGGGAUCGCCAAACUCAGGAUCUACACGUGGACUGGAUUCUAUUCAGAGGCCGAUCUAUGGUUCCCGCUUCAUGUGAAGUGGUGAGCGACAAUAUGGACGGGUACUAUCCAUCCUCUCACUAUCCGAUAUUUGCUGAGUUUAUGCUUCCCCGGACAGUGAGAUUGCUUGAACCAUCUUCUCAGGAUGCAAACUGAGAUAUCUAUAUUUUGACUCCCCGCCUUUUUUCGUACCUUUUCUGGUCCUUGCAUAUUAAUUUUGGGCUUGUGGGUUAUUUCUUGAUUUCUUUGUUGUUCGCCUGUGUUUAGUCAAGCAAGUGAGCUAUCAAAGAUAGAAUGUUUCGAAUUCUUGUGAAAAUAUUCUUGGGUUUUUCUAUGUUCAAAGUCAGCAUUGGCGCCAUGGAACCUCUCAAUAAAUUGUCAUCCUCUUUUAUACAACUCCAUAUUUUCCA